AUGUCAACUUCUUCACAUCGGUUUCAUUUCUAUUUCCUCUGCAUGCUCAUCUCCCUCUCUAUCACAGAUGGAACUGAACUCAUUAUAGUAAAUAACUGCAAGGAUAGCAUAUGGCCGGGAAUCCUUGGCACUGCAGGUCAUGCGACCCCCGGAGAAGGCGGCUUCCAUCUAUUCAGCGGAGAACAAACAGUACUCCAACUCCCUGACAAGUGGUCAGGCAGAAUUUGGCCAAGACAAGGUUGCUGUUUUGAUGAGAACACUGGCAAAGGUUCAUGCCAGACAGGAGACUGUGCUGGCCUCUUGCAAUGCAGAGGCAUUGGUGGUGUCCCUCCAGCAACUUUAGUGGAAAUGACACUUGGGACUUCGAAAUCUGCCUUGCAUUACUAUGAUGUGAGUUUGGUUGAUGGAUUUAACGUUCCAGUUUCUAUGGUGCCUGUUGGUGGUGGUGUAGGGUGUGGAGUUGCCGCGUGUGAGACGGAUUUGAAAGUCUGUUGCCCUUCUACACUGGAAGUGAAGCGACAGGGUAAGGUGGUGGGUUGCAAGAGUGCAUGUUUGGCUGCAAAAACUGAUAGAUAUUGUUGUACUGGGCAGUAUGCAAAUCCUAAAAGUUGCAAGCCUACUAUUUUUGGUCAUCUUUUUAAGGCAAUUUGUCCCAAGGCUUAUAGCUUUGCCUUCGAUGAUGCUUCAAGUCUUAAGACUUGCAAGGCUUCUAGGUAUGUCAUUACCUUUUGUCCUCCUAAUUGA